AUGCCCAUCCAGGAUACUGGUCGUGUGGCAGUGUUAUCAAUUGUACUUGACCAUCGAAAAGGAUAUUCGCCGCAACUUGCUGAGCGCGAUCAAUGCCUUUCUCCUUCCGCCACAAAUAACCACAUCAACCAAGGCGCUAGGCUCCUCCAGCCAAAUACCUUCUCAGACAUCUUUGCCAUGAUCGCCGUGAUCGGUGUCAUGAUCCUCUUCUGGCUCAGUGCCAGUUUGGCUGCUAGAAAUCAACGCAAGCGUAUGAUUCGUCGCUUGGUUGACGUCCAUCCCAAAGAUCGCAGUGCCGAGAUCAAGAGGCUUGCUGAUGCUGAACGCAUCGUCUCUGUGUACCAGGAAAGUAACUACGAGACAUACUCUGAUGUUGUGGAUGAGAAGGAGAAGUUGGCUAGUGUUGGUCCUUAG